UGUGGAACCUGAGGUGCCGUGCUGAAACAAGGAAUCAUUCAAGAUGACAUCUUUAGCCCACCAACUGAAGCGGCUUGCCUUGCCGCAAAAUGAUCCAAAUCUUUUUACCCGUCGGGAGGUUGCCUCUCUCCUCUUUGACCCUAAGGAGGCUGCUAGUAUGGACAGAAGUACCUUCUAUGCGCUUGGUUGCACUGGAUUAGAUGAGCUGCUUGGCAUUGAAGCAGCAUUCACAGAGUUUCAGGAGACGUUAUUUAACCCUGCCUCUUUGGGACUGGAGCGCAGUGUGCAGUCUAAAGAGGUCAACCAGAAACUGGACAAGGGAAUUUCUCUGUUCCUCACACGCGUCUCACCUUACUUCUUGCUCAAGCCAGCACUUAAAUGCAUCGAGUGGCUCAUUCACAGGUUCCACAUUCACUUGUACAACCCAGACAGUUUAAUUGCCUGUGCCUUGCCAUACCAUGAGACCAAAAUGUUUGUCAGAGUUAUACAGCUGUUAAAUAUAGAGGAUCCUACACACAGGUGGAACUGGCUACAUGGGCUUCAGAAACCUGGGGUCCCUCUGGCUAGAGGUACUCUUCUCACUCACUGUUAUAAAGAUAUGGGCUUCAUGGAUUUCAUUUGUACUAUGGUCACCGAUUCUGUCAAGGCCUACACUGGAUUUGUUCAGGAUGGCAGCUGUGCCCAGCUGCGAGUUAUUUUCUCCUUCUAUGCUUCGACCAUUGUACCUGCUCUGGAGGCAGUGGAGAAGAUCACAGACUCCAUCAUAGCCAAGUUACUUCCCUACGUGCAACUGGGUCUGAAGUCGGCUUUGUCUGACUAUAAGGCUGCCUCCUACAUGAUUGUGUGCCAGUUGGCAGUGAAGGUGGUGAUGGAGGCCCAUCUGGUGGAUGCAUUGGCAGGGCAGCUCAGCAGGUCCUUGUGUAAAACUCCAGUGCUAGCCAGGGAGGGCCUGGGUUGCCUCAUUGUUCUCCUGCAGAAUCAGAAAGAAAUUGCAGUUGGUCCAAAAGUGUUUAGAUACUUGUGUUCCGUGACCUCUCUGGUGCCUGCGCUGCAGGACAUAGCAGCAGUUCAUGACGUCAGCCCCUUGCUCCGUUGCCUUCUCCCCCAUCUCAUCCGUAGUGUUGUCACACAGAAUGAACAGAUGAAUGAGGAGGACUCAGAGAAGACAAACCACAGCAGUCUCUUUGACUCCAUCCUCCAGAACCUUCCACUCACCAACGGCCUGGAAAACACUGUCGCCAAACUUCUUCUUGAGGAAUAUCUCUCUCAUGGCAUCCAGAGUCAGCUCUCUGCAGAUCAAAUCUCGGCCCUUAAUCAGAGGAUGCAGCCGUUUGUCCGACUCUUUGAAUCCAAGUACCCAGGGGCUUUGGACAGAGUCCUGGAGAGCUAUGUUAGUGAUCCAUCAUCUGAACAAGACAAGAACAUCUUUCACCAGUUCAUCUCUCUCACCAUGAGCAGUGGGAAAUAUAAGAUCCUGGCUGAUUCAAACACAUCUCUGGUACUGAGUCUGAAUCAUUCACUUCCCACUGUGAGGAACAUGGCUCUGGACUACAUCAAAGAGACCCUCUCCUCAGGACAGGAGGAUUUUGAGGAGGUGUUUCUGAGGGACGCGUUACUGGAGCGAAUGAAGGACGAUGUGCCAGCGGUGGUGCGCGGAGCCCUCGCCGCCGUGGAGCUGUAUUUUGAUCGCAUGGAUUCGGAGGAAACCGUGAGCAGUUUGCUCUCCCUGCUCCACAGGGUCAGCGUCUUAGAGACGACAGACUGGUCUGAUGUGUUGAAAGAGACCAUCCGAGUUCUUGAUGACCCCCGUGUUGUCAAGGGCAACCCUGACCUGCAGGCCCGUAUUUACUGGGAGAUGCUGCCUUUCCUGGUAGUGACGUCUCCCGACUCAGAUUCGGCCGAGCUGGAGCUGUCCUCCCAUGUGGCUCAAACCACUCUGUUCUCCCAGCAUCCCCUCACACAGGGCUGGGUCAAGGUGCUGCAGGAUGUGUUGAAGAAAACCGCUCAGGCUGAUGUCAUAGGAGUGGCCAAUCAGAUGCUCAUCACAACUCUGACUAAAAACCUGGCCAGCAUGGAUCCCUCCACCAAACGCAGUACUAUGGAGUGUAUGUGUGAGGCGCUGGGCAGACUGAAGGACAGUGUUAGAGACAGAGUGGCGUUUGUGGUCUUUUGUCAUGCUCUGAGACAGGGCCUGGAGGCUCUCUGUGAGAGUCAGCACCUUCACACUGUCCAGAGAGUCUACAGCCUUCUGGAACCUUCCUUACUGCAGCUCCUCACUAUGGACUCCACAGAGGUUUAUGAUGAUCCAAUGGACUCGUCUUUGCCACUGUGUGAAUGGUUGGGAGAAUACCUCUACCAGCUGCGUUCAGGAGGCAGAGCUGAGAGAGUCCAUGGCCUCUUGCUCCUUUCUCUUCUCAAACUAUUCAUUACCUCCCUCAAAUGCCCACAGGCCACGUUUAAAGGUGAAACCUGGUGGAACCCAGAGAAGCUUGACACCAACACGUGCUGUUACCUGCGUUUACUGUGUCAUCUAUUUGAAGUCAUCGUGUCAGGGGCCAGUCAAGGGCCUAUGGCCCUUAACUUUAGGGCCCUCCUGCAGCCGUUACUUCAGGUGCACUUGAGCGAUCCUCUUGAGCUCUUCCGGUUCCUGUCCCUGCUGUGGGGCUACAGCUGUAACCUUGGAGACCAGCUGGACUGUAAAGUGAGCGCUGUCCUGCAGACCCAGGCGCUGUACGUGGGCAAAGCUUUGCUCAGUACCCAGACCGUUAAAACUCUCAACCUACUGGCCUCUACUUCAUCACCAGUGGUACCAUCUCUGCUGGUGUGUCUGUGCUCCAGAAUAUCUGAGGUGCGCAGAGCUUCUGUAGCUGUCCUGCAGGCCUUGUUGGGGGUCACAGGCUCUCCAUAUCACCCCCUGGUGGAGAGGUUGCUCAAAAGCACAGAGGAGCUGGUGGCUGAUCCUAUGUAUCUCAGACAGAUCCUAGGUAAGAUCUAUGAAGAGGCCAUCUCAGAGAAGAGAAAGAGCAAACUCUUAGCAUCUCUGGAGCAGCUACUGCAGUGUGUCCAGUCUGCCAGCUGCCCAUCCUACACAGCCAAAGCCCUGCUCAGAGCCCUGCAGGAGGUCAAUGGAGAGCCCGUGUUGGCUGCUCUGGUGCCUGCGUUAGAGUGUCUGCUGGACGAACGUGGUCCAGACACCCCCUCCCUUCUGCCAGACGAGGCCCUGCUCCUGCAGCUGCUGCUUGGCAAGUACACUGAACAGUCUGCUCCUCUCCUGGCCCGUGACUCCAGAAGCCUGGAGGUCUUCAUCAAGGCGAUGGGAACUGCCGAUCAGCCCCACCCUAAUCUACCCAGCUUCCAGAUCAUAGCCCUGGAGCAGAUUACUAAACCAUUCUUUGCUGCCCUGGGAGAUGAGAAGAUCCAGCAGAAACUUCUGUGUGUGAUGUUUGAUAUGUUGGUGGAGAACAAAAACCCAGUCUGUGCCCAAACCAUCAGUAGCGUCUUCAAAGGGAUUACAGUGGAUGCAGAGUUGGUGGCCAGAGAGUUGAGCCCUCCAGAAAAACCUAAAGUCUCAAGCACGCUGCAGCAGACUCGCAGGAGCAAGAUGUUGCAGAAGAAAGCUCAGGAAGAUGCUACAGUGACACCUGAAGAGGGCGCUGUGUCCUGGCCCAGGGUUACGCUGAUUCUGGAGCUGCUCCAACACAAGAAGAAGCUGAGGAGACCUCAGUUACUGGUACCUCCACUCUUCAGCCUCCUCUCCAGGUGUCUAGACCCAGCUGCAGCAGAGCAGGAAAAUAAUGAAUACACCAAACAGCUGAUCCUUAGCUGUCUGCUGAACAUCUGCCAGAAACUCUCUCCUGAUGGAGGGCCAGUCAGCAAGGACGUGUUGGAUGAGGAUAAAUUUAACGUGGAGCUUAUCGUUCAGUGCGUGCGGGCGUCGGCUGUUCCUCAGACUCAUCACCACGCCCUGCUCCUGCUGGGCACUGUGGCGGGCAUUUUCCCUGAGAAAGUGCUUCACAACAUUAUGCCCAUUUUCACCUUCAUGGGCGCCAGCAUCAUGCGACUGGACGACGCCUACAGUUUCCAGGUCAUCAAUAAGACCGUACAGACGGUCAUUCCUGCUCUCAUACAGGCUCAUGAAGGUGAAGGUGCCAAGUCUGAGGGACAUGUGGAGAUUGUGGUGACUCGUAUCAUGCACGUGUUUACUGAUGCUUUGCCCCACGUGCCCGAGCACAGACGCCUGCCCAUCCUCGGCCAGCUGGUGGGCACACUGGGGCCUGCCCGCUUCCUCUGGGUCCUAAUGCUACUCCUCUUCAAACAGCAUGCCACGCACGCCGGUGCCAGCACCGGCGGAGCUGACAAAGAUGCUGCUCUGGAGGGUGAUCUAGAGUUCUGGAUCUGUGUGUGCUGUGAGUUUGAGGUUGAAGAUCAGCUUACAUCCCUCAUCAAAAUCCUACAGUAUCUCAUGGCCCUACCUCAGGACAAAGAAGAGGUUACUGAAAAGAAGAGAACUCGUGGAGGCAAGAGGAAAGAGACGAUUGAGGAUCUGAUCUUUGACGUGGACAGUCACAGCGGAAAAGAGUUGCGGCAUUUUACAUUUCUCUCUGUGUCUUUCAUGGCUCAGCUGCUGGCUUCCAACAGCUUUGUGGGAAAGGUGGCUGACUCUGGAGAUAUCAGUGAAAGCAAUUUACAGAAUCUCCAGCAAAGUAUGCUGGAGGAGAUCUUGCGCUACAUCCACACUGUGGCCCGUGGCGUGGAGCAGAACUCUGAUAAACCCACAGCAAAGUUCUGGAGAGCUCUGCUCAACAAAUCCUAUGAUGUCCUGGACAAGGUGAAUGCCCUGCUGCCUACGGACACGUUCAUCACGGUGGUGCGAGGGCUCAUGGGUAAUGAGCUGGCGUCGGUGAGGAGGAAGGCCAUGGAACUGCUGAAUAACAAACUGCAGCAGAGGACCCAGUGGGAGGAGGAACAGGUGACGGGGCUGUUGAACUUGAUUGGAGACCUGCUAAGUAUAGUGGGUAGGAGUCACGGACAGGCCGGCGCCGAGGAGGAGGAUGAGCAAGCCAUUAACAGACAAACUGCCCUGUAUAGUCUGAAACUGCUGUGCCGUAAUUUUGGCUCUGGCCACCCAGAGGUGUUUGUGCCAGUGCUGAGUCGUACUGUGGAGCUGGUGGCUUCUGUGGAAGAGGAAAAGAACGUGAUGGGCAGUGCGCUGCUGUGUGUGGCUGAGGUGACCAGCACACUGAAGGCUUUGGCCAUCCCACAACUGCACAGGUUGAUGCCGGCUGUGCUCCAGGCUCUGAAGGAGCGUAAGGAGCUGUUGUCUAAUGAGAUUUACCUUUUGAGUGCUGUCACAGCCCUGCAGCGUGUGUCAGAGACCUUGCCUCACUUCAUUAGUCCCUACCUGCAGGACACACUCACACAGGUGACGCGUCUGACAGGCGUAGCGGAGCAUCUCAUGUCGUGUCCACAGCUGGCCGUGCGGCUUACGUCCCUCAAGACCACCCUCGCCACAAAGGUUCCCCCCAGGGUCCUAAUGCCCACCAUAGCCAAGUGCUACGGAAAAAUGGUUGACUCAAAACAGAACCGUAUUGGUCCCCUGAUGAUCAUCCUGAAAGAACACAUCAGCCACAUGGAGAAGGAUCAGCUCAACUCCCACCAGUCAGAGCUGACUUCAUUCUUCUUGUCUGCUCUUGAUUUGCGAGCCCAACACUGUCAGGGAGAUCUGGAGAAGACUAAGGAAAUUGAGGGCUAUGUGAUCGAUAGUCUGUUGGUCAUGGUUAUGAAGCUGUCGGAGGUCACCUUCAGGCCUCUUUUCUUCAAGCUGUUUGACUGGAGUAAGACAGACGGUGCGCCCAGAGAUCGACUCCUUACGUUCUACAGACUGUCUGACUGCAUUGCAGACAAACUUAAGGGGCUCUUUGUGCUGUUUGCCGGCCAGCUGGUCAAACCGUUCUCAGACCUUCUCCGCCAGCUCAAUCUUUCAGUCACAGAGGAGCCUUUCUUUGGCCAGGAUGAUGAUGAUGAUGAUGAUGAUGAUAAUGUAGUGAAGAGCUGUUUGCUGCUCCAGUUUGUGCUGGACUGCCUGCAUAAGAUCUUCCUGUAUGACACGCAGCGCUUCCUCAGUAAAGAGCGAGCAGAUGCUCUUAUGGGCCCUCUGGUGGAUCAGUUGGAAAACAUGUUGGGAGGUGAGGAUGUCUAUCAGACCAGAGUCACCAAGCACCUAAUACCCUGCAUAGCCCAGUUCUCUGUUGCUAUGAGAGACGACUCACAGUGGAAAGUUCUCAACUAUCAGAUACUUCUGAAGACACGACACAGCUCCUCCAAGGUGCGGUUCUCUGCCCUGCUCAUGUUGCUAGAGCUGGCAGGCAAAUUAAAGGAGAACUAUAUGGUGCUGUUACCAGAGACGAUCCCAUUCUUGGCCGAACUCAUGGAGGAUGAAUGUGAAGAGGUGGAACACCAGGUACAGAAAGUCAUUCAGGAGAUGGAGAACAUCUUGGGAGAACCCCUGCAGAGCUACUUUUAACGGCUACCACCUCUUUGUGUUGUCGUAUGAAGCAUAAGAUCUGAGCGUACUUUCUCUCUCCUGUCACCCAAUCCUUAGCGUUAUUAUCUGCCCACGGUCAAUUCUAGCCUCCUUGAGAAGAAGGGAUAACCCCUACAAACAUUCCUUAUAAACUCUCCUGUGUCACUAGAGAUCACAGAGACCACUUCACCACAGGUGCCAUCCCAUUUGAGGCUUUCUUCACUUUUCUAAUACUCCAGCUUUACUCAUUAACCAGUCCUUGGAAUCGUGCGUCAGUCUGCUCAUAAGGGCGGUCGUUGACAUGGACGCUGAGGGCACCUUGACCCUUUGGGUUCAUAUGUGACUUAUCACACUUGGAUGUUGCCAUGGAUGUGCAGAAAUAGAUUUUAAGCAAGGCUGUAUUUGUAAAAAUAUACAGAAAUGAGUGGUUUGAUUUUCCUUGUUGUUUUUAGAAGGAAUGUUUUAUGACAUAGAAUGAUA